AUGGCGGACCUUCCAUACACCUGUAACACUUGCUUUGUUGCCUUUCGCAGCAGCGAUGGCCAGCGCGACCAUAUGCGCACAGAUUGGCAUCUGUACAAUAUGAAACGUCGUGUUGCGUCUCUUCCCCCAGUGUCUCAAGAAAUCUUCAACGAAAAGGUUCUGGCCGCCAAAGCUUCCUCCAACGCCGCGGCCGCCAAGGCCUCUUUUGAGAAAACCUGUGUCGCCUGCCAAAAGACCUUCUACAGCGAAAAUUCCUACCAGAAUCACGUGAAGAGCUCGAAGCAUAAGGCUCGUGAAGCGCGACUGAACAGAGAAAAUGCCGAUGAUACAUCGUCGGUUAUGAGCUCAACCUUCUCACUUGGGGAGCCCAUCAACAAGCCUCGCGAGGCUGAUGUAGCCGCUGUCACCGAGAGUCUAAAGGAGGCGACGAUCGCGGAGAAAGAUGAGGACGAGGAGAUUGCCGAUGCGGAUUCUUAUUCAUCUUCUCACUGCUUAUUCUGCAACAACGAGUCGACAAGCAUUGAAGAAAAUAUCGAACACAUGUUCAAGAGCCACGGCAUGUUCAUCCCAGAACGCACAUACCUUGCAGAUCUAGAAGGUCUCAUUCGAUACCUUUACCGGAAAAUAAACGAGAACAGCGAGUGUAUCUAUUGCCAUGUCAUCCGAAACAGCCCCGCCGGCAUCAAGACACACAUGAAAGACAAAGGUCACUGCAUGAUAGCAUUUGAGAGCGAGGCGGAACAAAUUGAGAUCGGGCAGUUCUACGAUUUUAGAAGCACCUAUUCAGAUGAAGAGAACGACGACGAUUCGGUCGAAAUGGUCGACGGCGGCGUCAAAGUCUCCGGCUCAGACGCUGAAGACGACGGAUGGGAAACAGACGCCUCAUCGUUGGACGAUGAUGACGAAGAAGGAAACGCGAAGAGCGCUCCUGCAGUCUAUAGAACCGAAUACGAGCUCCACCUCCCAUCCGGCCGGACCGCAGGUCACCGCUCGCUCGCACGAUACUACCGCCAGAAUCUGCACAACUAUCCGACUGCGGAGGAGCGCUACGCCCGCCAACUUGCCAUUGAGAAUGGCGAGAUCCAAGAGGAAGAGAAGCCCCGUGGCCGCAACGCCAACCGUGCCCUUGUUACUCGUGCUAACGGCGGUACGGGCAUGAUUGGAGUCGCGGACAUCGACAAGCGCAACGUUGUCGAGAGCGAGCGAAAGGAACGGACUCGUGCUAUCCGUCAAGAACAGCGGUACACAGCUCGUGUGAACAGAGCCGCUAACAACCAAAAGCACUUCAGGGAUCCUUUGCUGCAGUGA